AUGGCGACCUCCUCCCUCGCUCGCUCGAUCCAAUCCCAAUCAGGACUCUGCUUCAUUAAGCCCUAUUUCCUCCGACCCCAUUCCCUUACUCGCCCCAACACUUCUCUCAAGUCCCGACCUUGUCCCCUCUGGUCUGCUUCUUUCUCCGUCUGCCUUCUUCACGCCCGCGCUCGCCGCCCUUUUUCCGAGCCAGUCAGAGGCAAGCAGUGUAGGGUCACCCUCAGAUCAACUCCGUCCGCCCGAUAUUUCUGCGUUUCAGCUUCAUCCGCGGCGGCGAACAUGACAGACGUCGAGAGCAAUCCUCUGCUGAAGGACUUCUACUUCCCGCCGUUCGAUUCAAUCGAGGCCAAGCACGUCCGUCCCGGCAUCCGCGCCUUGCUUGAGAAAUUGGGAAAUGAUUUAGAGGAACUGGAGAGGACGGUGGAGCCAUCGUGGCCAAAGCUGGUGGAGCCGCUUGAGAGGAUUGUGGACCGGCUGGCUGUGGUCUGGGGUGCUGUUUCGCAUCUCAAGUCUGUCAAGGAUAACGCCGACCUACGUGCAGCAAUUGAAGAAGUCCAGCCGGAGAAAGUGACAUUUGAGCUUAAGCUAGGUCAGAGUAAGCCAAUUUAUAACGCCUUCAAGAGUAUCAGAGAAUCUUCAGACUGGGACAAGCUGAGUGAUGCUUGUAAACGUAUAGUUGAAGCACAAAUAAAGGAGGCUGUUUUGAAUGGUAUUGCGCUUGAAGAUGAUAAAAGAGAGGAGUUCAACAACAUUGAACAGGAAUUGACCAAACUAUCUCGAAAGUUUGAGGAGAACGUUUUAGAUUCAACAAAGAAAUUUGAAAAAUUAAUAACCGACAAAAAAGACAUUGAAGGUUUGCCAGAUACAGCUCUUGGGUUGGCUGCUCAAACAGCAGUGUCGAAGGGACAUGAAAAUGCUACUGCACAGACAGGACCUUGGGUAAUAACAUUGGAUGCCCCAAGUUUUAUGGCUGUGAUGCAGCAUGCUAAAAAUAGAACUUUACGAGAGGAAGUCUAUCGUGCCUAUAUAAGCCGUGCUUCUAGUGGUGAUCUUGACAAUACUGCAAUCAUUGACCAAAUUUUGAAGCUUAGGUUGGAAAAGGCUAAGCUUCUUGGCUAUAAUAACUACGCAGAGGUAAGUAUGGCUACCAAGAUGGCAACUGUUGAAAAGGCAGAAGAAUUACUUGAAAAACUUCGCAGUGCAUCCUGGAAUCCUGCAGUUCAAGAUAUGGAGGAGCUCAAACAUUUUGCAAAGAAUCAAGGUGCUCCUGAAGCUGAUGACUUAAAUCAUUGGGACACCAGCUUCUGGAGUGAGAGACUUCGUGAAUCCAAAUAUGAAAUAAAUGAGGAAGAACUGAGACCUUACUUUUCAUUGCCUAAAGUUAUGGAUGGCCUUUUCAGUCUCGCAAAUAGGUUGUUCGGGGUCAAUAUUGAAGCAGCUGAUGGUUUAGCUCCUGUUUGGAUGAGUGAUGUUCACUUUUACCGGGUCAAAGAUUCUUUAGGCAGUCCAACUGCGUAUUUCUACUUUGAUCCAUAUUCUCGUCCUUCUGAAAAACGAGGUGGUGCAUGGAUGGAUGAAGUAGUUGGUCGAAGCCGGGUCCUGUCACAAGAUGGUUCCUCCCCUAGGUUGCCUAUCGCUCACAUGGUGUGCAACCAAAUGCCCCCCGUGGGGGACAAGCCAAGUCUUAUGACUUUUCGAGAGGUUGAGACCGUCUUCCAUGAAUUUGGCCAUGCUCUUCAGCAUAUGCUGACGAAGCAGGAUGAGGGAUUGGUUGCUGGUAUAAGGAAUGUUGAGUGGGAUGCUGUGGAAUUACCAUCCCAGUUCAUGGAGAAUUGGUGUUAUCAUAGAGAUACGUUAAUGAGUAUUGGUAAACAUUAUGAAACUGGAGAAAGUAUUCCAGAGGACAUAUAUGAGAAGCUUCUUGCUGCUAGAACAUUUCGUGCUGGCUCUUUGAGCCUUCGACAGCUUAGGUUUGCCACUCUUGAUCUCGAGUUGCACACAAAGUAUGUCCCUGGUGGCCCAGAGUCUAUCUAUGAUGUUGAUCGUAGGGUUGCAAAAAGAACACAAAUACUUCCUCCACUUCCAGAUGACAAGUUCCUUUGCAGUUUCAGUCAUAUAUUUGCUGGUGGAUAUGCUGCUGGAUACUACAGCUACAAGUGGGCUGAGGUUUUGUCGGCAGAUGCAUUUUCAGCAUUUGAAGAUGUCGGAUUGAAUGAUGACACGGUUGUAGCUGGGGCUUUGACGCCUUUCUUGCUCCCUUCUCUCAUGUUCUCUGGUGCUGGGUCCGGGAAAGGACUGACGUUACCAGAAUUGGCUAGUGGUUUCAGCCGUUUUCAAUGCGGUGGUGGCGUCAGGGGCGACGAUGAUGUCUUUCGGCUGGAGGGCGGUUCGGCUUUUGGUUUGGUUUGGUGCUUGGGUUUCCGUUUCAGCUAG